AUGGUAUUUUCUUUCUUGCAGUUGUCAGAGCUUGUGAAUGUAGAAGGCUAUAGUGAUUGGAUACGUCUGGUAGCAGAGUUCACGUUGAAGUCUUUGCAAUCUUGGCAGUGGGCAAGCAGCAGUGUAUACUACCUUUUAGGGCUGUGGUCCAGGCUGGUAACAUCUGUACCAUACUUGAAGGGUGAUGCCCCAAGCUUGCUCGAUGAAUUUGUGCCGAAGAUCACUGAAGGUUUUAUCACAUCAAGGUUUGAUUCAGUGCAGGCUGGAUUCCCGGAUGACCUUUCUGAGAAUCCACUCGACAAUGUUGAGCUUCUUCAGGAUCAUCUCGAUUGUUUUCCAUAUCUUUGCAGAUUUCAGGAAAGAGCACAGGUCAAGACAGGUGAUAAUAAUGUUGAACUAUCUGUGAUUGAAGCCAAGCUUGCUUGGGUCGUGCAUAUAAUUGCUGCUAUCCUGAAAAUAAAACAGAGUACUGGUUGCAGCUCGGAUACACAAGAAGUAGUGGAUGCAGAACUUUCAGCUCGGGUUUUGCGUUUAAUAAAUGUCACUGACAGUGGUCUUCACAGUAAGAGAUAUAGUGAAUUAAGCAAGCAAAGACUUGAUCGGGCAAUUCUCACUUUCUUUCAGCACUUUAGAAAGUCUUAUGUAGGUGAUCAGGCCAUGCAUUCUUCUAAGCAGUUAUAUGCCCGAUUGUCUGAGCUUCUUGGACUUCACGAUCAUCUUUUGUUGUUGAAUGUGAUUGUUGCAAAAAUAGCUACUAAUCUCAAGUGUUAUGCGGAGAGUGAGGAGGUUAUAGAUCACACCUUAAGUCUGUUCUUGGAUCUGGCUUCUGGAUAUAUGACGGGAAAGCUACUUCUGAAAUUGGAUACUAUCAAAUUUAUAGUUGCACAUCAUACUAGGGAGCACUUCCCAUUUUUGGAAGUGUAUAGAUGCUCUCGCAGCCGGACAACUUUCUACUACACUAUUGGAUGGUUAAUCUUUAUGGAGGAUAGCCCAGUGAAGUUUAAGUCUUCAAUGGAUCCACUUUUGCAGGUUUUCAUCAGUUUGGAAUCGACACCUGAUGCAAUGUUUCGAACUGAUUCUGUGAAAUAUGCAUUAAUUGGGUUGAUGAGGGAUCUUAGAGGAAUUGCAAUGGCCACAAAUAGUCGCAGAACUUACGGGCUUCUAUUUGAUUGGUUAUAUCCUGCACACAUGCCGAUUCUUUUAAAAGGCAUCUCUCAUUGGGCAGAUACACCAGAGGUUACAACCCCAUUGUUGAAAUUUAUGGCUGAGUUUGUGUUAAACAAAGCUCAGCGCUUGACGUUUGACUCUUCUUCUCCUAAUGGUAUACUUCUUUUCCGAGAAGUCAGCAAAUUACUUGUUGCAUAUGGGUCAAGGAUUUUCUCUCUCCCAAAUGCUGCUGAUAUUUAUGCCUUCAAAUACAAGGGAAUCUGGAUAGCUUUAACUAUUCUUUCAAGAGCUCUUGCUGGAAACUAUGUGAACUUUGGUGUGUUUGACCUAUAUGGUGAUAGAGCACUUGCUGAUGCACUGGAUAUCGCUCUGAAGAUGACACUUUCAAUUCCGCUGUCCGAUAUAUUGGCUUAUAGGAAGCAUGUGAUUGUUGCUUCUUUCUCUUAUUUUGUUUUAUUGAUUUCUGGUGAGGUUUAUCUUGCAUUACUAGCUUUUGCUUUAAAUUUCAAGGCUGUUAUUGACAGGAAUAUACAUUAUUAUCUUGACAUCAAGUUUAUGUCCUAUUCCAUUGCUUCUCCUCCUCCUCCUCCUCUUCCUCCACUUCUAAUUUUUAGCUCUUAUGGAUAA